GCUGCAUCGGCCGCUGCCUCUCCUCACCUUAAUCCUAGCAAUCUAACCGCCCCGGUUCCAGCUCGUCGAACCGUGCAUCUAAUCACAAAAGAAAAGUGAAGGAUGAGUAUAAUCGCAGGUUUAAUACCCGUAACGCAAAAAGCACCAAAUGUAUGUGCCUACUGUCGAGUCAGGAAACAAGGGUGCGAUCGUACGCUGCCACGGUGUCAAAGAUGCGCCACGAAAGAAAGAAAUUGCGACUAUCGGCCUUUCAAGGAGCCUAUGCGCCAGGAAUAUGGGGAUGCCAUGCCACUGGUGCAGCACCACGACACCUGUCUGCAUGCGGACAUGACGCAGCAUGGGGCCAGCGAAUUACUUGACGCGGCAUCAGCAUGGGUAGAUGCUGGUGUGUCAGGAAAAGGGUUUAGGCUUUCCCAGGUCGUGUACGAUAUUCUGGAUCUCGCUGAUGUCGACAUAGCCCUUGCGUUGGAGGAAUUCGGUCCCUGCAUACAGCAGUGGUGUCCUAUUGUCCCGACGUCGUUCCUCCGCGGGGGUGUGGAUGAUCUAGCGUAUCAAGUGCACGGGAGAGACGGGCUACGGCACCCGUUGCUGCUAUUGGGCCUGUGGCUUGUCACUCGACGGACCUGUCCGCAGCGGGAACACAUUACCCAAAGUCAGCUCUACCGGGCGCUAAAGCAGAUCCUAGCACUAUACCAAUGCGAAGCGCCAGUCGGCCUGGACGCACUCCAGCUAGCCUUGCUACUGACAGUCUACGAAGUCGGCCAUGGCAUGUCUCAGCAAGCUUUCCAAACCAUGUCGACAUGCGUAUCCAUCUUCCAACUCCUGAGCCUCGACCCCCGCACCACCACACACACCAGCCUAUCAAAAACGCUCUCAUGGCUCCAAGCAAGCAUCCUCAUGCUCGACAACACGCUAGCCAUAUCUCAUCUCACCCCAGGCUUCCCGGUUAGCAUCCCAUCCAGCUCCGCCUUCAGCGUGACCCUCGCGCAAACCCUCGGCCCAAACAUUCCCCCACCACCCCCCACCGUUGACGCCACUUGCCCACGAAAAAUACACAUCCGCGCCUCGGUCGCCAUAGCCGCCAGCCACGUGCUAUCCUACACGCACGCGCUGACGCAGGGAAAGGCUGUCCCAACAGCGGCAGCGGCGGCAAUACCAGCCUCAUACGCCACAGCCGACGACAAAAUCAACAAAUGCAUCAACAUGCUGAUUGAUAAACCCCAGCCUCAUACCUGGCUGCACUGCGACUCCAUUGCCCUUGCAUUCUGUGCGCAUGUUUUGCUGCAGGCUGUACAGACUAGAUUCCUUCGUACCGCCACCACUCCUACUUCUACUCACGACCCCGUCGUCGAUAUCGCAAAGCCCCUCCUCGCCCUACGCAUCUCACGCCGCAUGGCAUGGGACAUGGUGCGCGUAGGCAUCCAGGUUAUCAAUUCAGCCGCCGAAAUCGCAGAGCUGCCGUUUGCAGGGUUGUGCUGCGUGGUGCGGGCUGGGGUGGUGGUGCUGGAGACGCGAGACUACGUGGAUGAGGAGGUGCUGGCGGGGAGGGAGGAGGCAAGGGCUUUCCGAAGGCUUGUGGAGUGGUUUGCGGCGAGGUGGGGGGUUGGGAAGGUGUAUCUGGCGAGAGUGGAUGAGUUGUUGGGGUGAGGUUUGUGGUAGGGUGUUCAAUCAUUAAACUGGUGAGGAAUAACAAUUUUGGCCAUAGAAUUACAUAGAUAUACAUUAUC